AUGUACCAUCGACCUCAGCAAUCCGUUCGGACUUCGUCCAAUCGUUCUUUUGCCGAGUCACGGACCUCAAUCCCGCGUAUCUCUUCUAGUCCUAGAUUACCUCCUCUCCUACCGCCGACGUCGAUGCCAUACUCUUCCAAACACGCUCUGCCUGUAAGCGCCACUCCACAGGACCUUGUUUCACCAAGAAUAUGCGGGAUGCCAUUGAAAUACGUUUCUCUCGUCACUCUCGCCGUUCAAAAUGCUGCGCUAUCAAUAGUCAUGCAUUAUUCCCGUGUUUCAACCCCUCCAUCGCUCGCAUAUUCACCGGCCUCCGCUGUUCUCCUGAACGAGCUCCUGAAGGGCUCAAUAUCUUUCGUGAUUGCUUUGUCAAGGACCCGUGAAAUGGCAGACAUAUCAUGGCGUCGAAUGUCUCUCUGGGAGAUCAUGCGUUCUCUUCCAUAUCCCGGAAGUACUCCUUUCUGGACUCUUUGCGGAGAAAUAUUCAGUCCAGAUUGUUGGAAGCUAUCCAUUCCAGCUAUCCUAUACGUCGUUCAAAAUUCGCUCCAAUUCGUCGCCAUCAGCAAUCUCCCUGUUGCUUCCUUUCAGGUUACGUAUCAAAUGAAAAUUCUGACAACGGCGGCCUUCUCCGUCGCACUUCUUCGUAGAAAAUUGAGCACGACAAAAUGGCUAUCACUUUUCUUCCUGGCCAUAGGAGUCGGGAUCGUGCAAAUACAAACGUCCUCGGUCUCUGCACCCAAGAAUCAAUCUGUAGGGAGCGCUCAUGACUCUGCACCGCUUCACAUUCAUGUCAUGAGUCCAUUGAAGGGAUUUGGUGCAGUGACUGCCGCUUGUUUCACGUCAGGGUUGGCCGGUGUUUAUUUCGAGAUGGUUCUCAAAAACUCCAAAGCCGACCUCUGGGUUCGGAAUGUCCAACUGUCCUUGUUCUCGCUUAUCCCCGCUCUCUUACCCAUUCUCUAUUCAUCAACUCCACCCUCUGUUGGUUUCUUCGAAGGUUUAUUCAGAAACUUUGGGAUAUGGGCCUGGGCGACUGUUGCGAUACAAGUGUUUGGUGGGCUAGUCACUGCCAUCGUGAUCAAGUAUUCGGACAACAUUUUGAAAGGUUUUGCUACCAGUCUUUCGAUCGUGCUGUCCUUUUUGGCCUCAGUCAUGCUAUUCGACUUUAGGAUUACACCUUCCUUCGUUAUUGGAGCUUCGACCGUCCUUUGUGCUACUUGGAUGUACAAUCAGCCUCCUGGCAAGGAUCCGCUCGUAUCCAUUGCCCUCACUGGACAAUCUGAGAACAAGAUGCCUUUUACGCCAGUCGACGCGAAAGAGCCUAUCAUAGGCGAGUUUCCACGAAAAAAGUCUUCGACUUUUGGGAGCCCCCGUGGCAUUGCAACUGCUCUCGGCUUGAGUGCCCCGGAAAAUCGUGAGCCAAGCAACAUGUUAGACACUCAACGGUACAAUCAUGCACCAUAUGGAUCGCCUUUCCCAUCUCGGCCACCUUCUCGAGCGCCUUCGAGAACACCGACUCCUCAGCCCCCUCUGGCCUCUUCAUGA